CAUAUGAGGUAUAUAAGGGCUCGUCGACGACACUCGACAGGCGGACCGAGUUUGAGCUGUAUUCGUUCUGCCGAAAGGUGAAAAAUGGCAGCUAUUUUAGCUAUUCUUGGCUUCAUUGCUACCGUCCAGGCUGUUGUACCUCCAGGGUAUAUAUUGGAUAUUCAAGCGGAUUGUGGAGCAAACGGUAUUGCUGACUCCACGGUGAGUCUACUGACCGACUACGAUGCCGAGGCAAAAGCGGUUUGUGGCGGCAACAAGGAAGUGAGCUUCAGUUCUGCUGAUGGAGUGUUCUUCACUUUACCUGUGUCCUACCCAGUCACUGGCGGCGGAUCAUCCGCCUGUAAAUUUGUGAAAAAGAAGGACUCAUUUGUUUACACAAUCCUGGUGACUGUGGCGUUCGGCAGUCCCGGUAGCAGACUUCACCAGACGGACGAACGAUACACCGUCACGUGCUCGUUCCAGCCUGGCGCCAACAAGCAGAGCUCGUCCCUCAAGGUCAAGCCAGGCGCUUCUGCUCCAAAGGUGAUCGAUGGAAAUACGCCCCCGAAAAGUCCCUCUGUCAUUCAUCUGUACCUGGUCGACGUCAUUGGCAGGAAACUUUCAGGUUCGGUGAAGUCUGGCAAGAGUGUCCGCCUGAAGGCCGUUACCCUGGGCCCAGCUGACAAAGGACUCCGACCCGAAUCUUGCGAUGCUUUGAAUUCCAAGGGUGGAAGGUUCUCUAUUCUAAGAUCCGGGUGUGGAGACGGCAUGGUCCUGAAACAGACUCGUGGCUUUAAAACUAUUGGCAAGAACGCCUACAGCGCUUUCUUUAAAGUGUUUACUGUCAACGGGGAUCCAAGUUUAAAGUUUGAAUGCAACUUUACGGUCUGCGCCAAAGCAUGCAAUGGACCAUCGUGUUUUCCAAAGUCGACACGUAAACGCAGAGAUGAGCCAGGUGACGGUCUAGGAAGCUUUCUUUGGAAUUCCCGCAGUCAUGCCAUGACGGAGGUGUUUACGUUGAACGGCGUUGCGGAAGACGUACCACUUGAACAAAACGAAGCUCCUCGGUCACGUUUCCGGCGCAACCAGUAAAUACUGUAACGUUUUAUUUGGUGGUUGGUCAAUAAAAAUAAUAAUAAUAA